UGUGACUCGCUUUUCAUGGAGAUCCUCUCUUACAUACGAAUACACAAACAGACUAAGGCUGUGUGAAUGUGGUCGAAGGCUUGAUGAACAUGGUUUUCACUUUCUUACUUGCAAAACAGGAGGUGGCCCUGUUUAGUCAAACAACGCCAUCACUGCAUGGUGUCUUGGCUGAUUGUCUAAAAACUUUUUCAAUCCCUCAUCAUGUUGAGUUAAGAUCGUUAUGAUAAGAGCAACGACCGAACAGACACUUCAGUUUUUGAUGCUUGCAUCGGAACAUCGUAUGAUCUUGGUAUUUCACUAGCUCACCCUUGGAAUGAAGACAUAAUUGAAAGAGCAGCAGAGCAAGAUGGGUUUGCAGUACAAGCAAGAGAAGAAUUGAAAGAGAAGAAGUAUUAGGACAAGAUGCUAGCAUCAGGAGGACACGCAAAAACCAUUCCCUUAGUACUGGAACACUUGGGGCGUUGGGGCUGAGAAGCUCACAAGUAUCUCCAUCAACUGCCUGAGCAAUUGGUUGACGAAUGUGGUAAAAAAAGCGGAGGCCAGUUCAAGAAUUAUUGGAGGCGAUGGUUAUCAGUUGCUCUGCAAUCAUGUAAUGUUAAAGUUUUGUCAAAGAAGAUUUGCCGUCAAGUGAAGAUUGGCUGUAUUAGAGAUGCUCAUUCACUACAACUUUGUUUCCGUCAAUGUGACUUGUGUAACUCGACUCACGGGUCCAGAACUCACUAUUUAGCCGUGGUGCUUUUUACUGAUAUUCACUGUAUGGUAAUAUUGAUGUUGAAAAUAAAUGAAAGACAAACAGACUAACAGACAGACAGACAGACAAGAAUACAUGAAAUCUCUGUCAAAUGGUUUUAUUCAGAAUUCAUCUUCGACUAGAGACCAAUCUCGAAUGAAGUCCUUGCAAGGCAAAGGUGCAGGAGCGUGGCUCCUGACAGUACCAUCAUCAUCAUGGCAUGCAUUAUCUCCGUGCGAUUUCCGCUUGGCAUCCUUGAUGAGACUGGGCUGCCAAAUGCCUUUGGCUUCUAGUCAGUGUGACUGUGGGAAAGAAUUAGACUCAGAUGGAUACCACCUAAUAACAUGUAAGACUGGGGGUGGCCCCGUAAUCAGCCAUAACAACAUGGUUUCAGCAUGGUCAGACUGUUUGAGUCAACUGCAAUUACAUCACGCAAAAGAACCCAGAGGAAGGUAUGUCAAUUCUGAAGACAGAUCAGACAUAGUCGUAUUCGAUUCGGCAUCGGGGAUGGAUCUUGAAUUGGAUAUUGCUCUAGCGCAUCCCUGGAGCAAUGAAAUAGAAGGUUUAUCAGCUACAACUCAGAGAGCAACGGCAACCAGAAGAGAAAAUCUGAAGAUCAAAAAGUAUGACCAGGAGCUCUUGCCUGGAGGUUUUCGACCAACAUUCGUGCCUAUAGUCUUCAAACAUUUUAGCUGUUGGGGAGAGAAGGCUGAAGACUAUUUGAAGAAACUGUCACAGCUAUCAAGAGACGAAGACGGAAAGCCAAAUGCAUCAACCUUCAAGACAUACUGAAGAUCUGUGUUUUCUGUGUGUCUACAACGAUCAAAUGCUGGAGUGAUUGACAGAAAAAUAAAGAAGAUUGUUUCAAGAAACAGCAACAUAAACAUAAAUAGUUGUAUGUAGAACCAAGCCCUAUUGGCUUGGGUAGUAUUUAGUUGCUUUGCUUAGAUGUGUAUAACAGUUCAAUGUUUGAAAAUAUAUGCAUUGACAGACGGACAGAGUGGAUCAGGAAACUGGAGACCUUCGACCCAUAUGGAUUAAACAUAAAAUCAGACAUACUUUAGUAAAUAGCUGGGUUUUUUAUAUCAACAUCAUCAAUAUCAAUAUUAACACCUAUUGUUUGAAAUUUUAAACAUCUUAGCCAUACGUUGAGCCAGAAGAAGGUUUU